AUGGUGACCAAAGCAGCGUCCGUGUCAAACUCAUCAUGGAAGACCAUUAGCAAGUGGAUCGCGAACAUAAGCAUAAACCCGACCCUGGCCCAGGGUGCCCACACUCGACGCCCGCACACGGCACGGCCAUACCACGCGGCAGUUUGGCCUUCCUACGGCAUCACCACCCCGGUACCUCAUCAGCCUCUGGUGCGCCCACGGUCACCCUUUCGCUUCGAGACCGGCUACGCUCUAUGUGCCAAACGGCCCUCGCGACCGUUCCCUCCACCCUUCUUGUCCCCACCGUCAACGUCCUUUUCGGACCCCUUGACAACGCACGGCCUAAGCCAGGAUAAGAGAUUAUCCGUCAAGGGCGAGCUAGUGCGAGGCUUGAAUAAUGGAGACGACGCCAUCAUCGUCGCGGAGAACUUUAUCGGCGUUGACGACGGCGUAGGCGCCUGGGCUACGAAACCGCACGGACAUGCUGCUCUGUGGUCUAGACUCCUUUUACACUUCUGGGCCCUCGAGGUCGAGCGACAUGACCAUGACCACACUCUCGAUCCGGUCGAAUACCUCCAGUCUGCGUACGAGGAAACACUGCGAGCAACCACAUCUCCGACCGAGUGGCUAGGGACCACCACCUCCGCGACCGCGAUAUUACACCACACCGAACAAGACGGCAAGCAGAGACCACUCCUGUACGUGACCAACCUAGGCGACUGCAAGAUCAUGGUGAUCCGGCCCACCGAGGAGAAGGUCAUUUUCCGCACCGCAGAGCAGUGGCACUGGUUCGAUUGCCCCAUGCAGCUUGGGACGAACAGUAUCGACACACCCAGAAAAGAUGCGGUCUUGUCCAAAAUUGCAUUACAGGAAGACGACAUUAUCUUAGCUCUCUCUGACGGGGUUAUGGAUAACCUCUGGGAGCAUGAGGUGUUAAAAAUCAUAAUGGAUAGUACCAACAAAUGGGAGGAGGGCCGUGUCUCCCAUGAGGAUGUUCCGAAUUCCAGGCAAUCCGAGGAACGCAAUGUCUUCAUUGCUCGUGAGCUCUUAAAUGCUGCUCUGACGAUUGCCCAAGAUCCAUUUGCGGAAAGUCCAUUCAUGGAGAAGGCUAUUGAUGAGGGUCUUGCUAUCGAAGGGGGUAAGAUGGAUGAUAUUUCCGUCGUGGUUGCGUCUUGCAAGAGGCGCGCCGGUUGA